AUGGACGAUAUUACUAGAAGAAACGCUUAUCGUUUUGUCGCCUACUCGGCUGUCACUUUCUCUGUUGUUGCUGUGUUUUCGCUAUGCAUCACUCUGCCAUUGGUCUACAACUACGUUCAUGGAAUCAAGACCCAAAUCAACCAUCAGAUUUCGUUCUGCAAACAUUCCGCUCGUGAUAUCUUCUCCGAGGUUAGCCACAUUCGUUCCAAUCCAAACAACGCCACUCUCCGCGAGAAGCGGCAAACUGGAGAAUGCUCUGGAUGUUGCCUUCCAGGAGCUGCUGGACCAGCUGGAACACCAGGAAAGCCAGGAAGACCAGGACGUCCAGGAACUGCUGGACUUCCAGGAAACCCAGGAAGACCACCAGCACAGCCAUGUGAUCCAAUCACUCCACCACCAUGUCGUCCAUGCCCACCUGGAGCACCAGGAGCUCCAGGAGCCCCAGGACCACAAGGAGAUGCCGGAGCUCCAGGAGCACCAGGGUUCGGAAGCGGAGUUGGAGCACCAGGACCAGCUGGACCAAAGGGAGCCCCAGGAGCCCCAGGAAGACCAGGACAAGCUGGAUUCCCAGGACAACCAGGAGCUGAUGCUCAAUCCGAAUCUAGCCAAGGAGCUCCAGGACCAGCUGGACCCCAAGGACCUCCAGGACCAUCGGGAGCACCAGGACAUCCAGGAGGAUCAGGAUUCCCAGGAGCACCAGGACCAAAGGGACUAUCUGGAGCCCCAGGACAGCCAGGAGCUAAUGGAAACCCAGGAGCUCCAGGACAACCAGGACAAUCUGGAGGAUCCGGCGAACGUGGAAUUUGUCCAAAUUAUUGCGCCAUUGAUGGUGGAGUCUUCUUCGAUGAUGGAGCCUUCCGCAGGCGUUAA